UUUGUUCAUCUCAACUGUCAGAUGCUGCUUUGGGAGUAAACAAUAGCAAUAUAAUCAAAACACUUGUCUCUCGCACUGAGUACGCACAAUCGGAAUUUUUUCAUCUCCAAAAUUCCGAUGCAUAGCUGCGAAGUGUUUUCUGUGCAACGAUAAAACAAUUACUAAUUUUACAUUUGUUCCAUCUUAAAAGUUUCAAACAUUUUAUUAAACAUAUAAUAGAGCCAUCAAACUUAGUUAUAAAAUAAGAAAAAAAAUCUUUAUAAAAGUGGUUUAAGUGUGUGAACAACACAAAAAUCAAUUUUCAUGAGUUCGAAUUCAGGCAGUGUGUCUAAAAAGAAAAUGUCGAUACCAACAAAGCACCAGAAAGUUGUUCUACCGUCAACUUGUACGGGUGAAAAUUUGCUGGUCUUAGAUUUUUCACCGUUUGAGACCAUUUUACAAUGGAAGAGAAUGCUUGAGUGUGACAUCUUUGUCGGAGCAAGACGAAGCAAACAUACAACUGUUGCAUACAAGGAUGCAAUUUACGUGUUUGGCGGUGACAAUGGCAAAAGCAUGUUGAACGAUUUAAUUCGAUUCGAUGUGAAAGACAAAUCAUGGGGCCGCGCCUUUGCAACAGGACUGCCACCAGCACCACGAUAUCAUCAUUCAGCUGUUGUGCACGGCAGCUCAAUGUUCAUCUUUGGAGGUUACACAGGCGACAUUCAUUCAAAUUCAAACCUUACGAAUAAGAACGAUUUGUUUGAGUACAAAUUCCAAUCGGCACAUUGGUCCGAAUGGAAGUUCACGGGCAGAACACCUGUGCCACGCAGUGCACACGGUGCAGCGGUAUAUGACAACAAACUGUGGAUUUAUGCAGGUUACGAUGGAAAUGCUCGUUUGAAUGACAUGUGGACCAUCUCAUUAAUAAAGGGUGACGUGCAUCAAUGGGAAGAAAUUGAGCAGAAAGGUCAACGUCCGCCAACUUGUUGUAAUUUCCCGGUUGCUGUAGCCCGUGACUGUAUGUAUGUGUUUUCGGGUCAAAGUGGUCUUCAGAUUACAAAUGCAUUAUUCGAGUUUAACUUCAAGACAAAAACUUGGCGUCGUAUCACAAACGACCACAUUUUGCGCAGUGCACCACCGCCACCAUCUCGGCGGUACGGACACACUAUGGUCCAUCAUGACCGAUUUCUGUACGUGUUCGGUGGUUCCGCUGAUAAUACACUGCCAAGUGAUUUGCAUUCCUAUGACUUGGAUGCUCAAAUCUGGUCGGUUAUCAAACCCGAAGAAGGUUCGGAUAUCCCACCGGGACGUGUAUUCCAUUCGGUGUCGGUGAUAGGCUCGGCAAUGUACAUUUUUGGUGGAACAAUCGAUAACAAUGUUAGAAGCAGUGACAUGUAUCGAUUCCAGUUCCCCACUUAUCCGAGAUGUACGCUGCAUGAUGACUUUGGUAAAUUAUUUGCCGAGCGUUUAUUCUGCGACGUACAAUUCAUUGUUGGAAUGGAAGAAGUGAAAAUCCCAGCUCACAUGGCCAUCGUUGCAGCUCGUUCAGCUGUGUUGAAGGAGAAAAUUUUAGUCGCUCGUGCUAAGCUUUUUAGCACAACUGAUGUUCCAUUUUCUGAUCGGCCAAUACUCGAAGUGAAAAUACCCGAUGCACUGCCAGAUGCGUUUGAAAAAGUGCUACAUUACAUUUAUACCGAUCGCAUCGACUUUUCGGAUCGAACAGAUAACAAAGAAAUCGUGCGUCUUAUGAUGGACAUCUUCCAAUUGGCAGUUCUGUAUUUGAUAACACGUCUAGAGAACGUGUCUAUUCACUAUCUGGAACUGAGAAUCUCAAAGAACAAUGUUCUUGAUGCGUUAUACUAUGCCGAUAAAAUGAAUUUGAAUUUGAUCAAAGAUCUUUGCAUGAGUUUCAUCGUGAAAGAGGACAAUUUCAAUGACAUUGUGAUGACCAAUGAUUUUGACAAUCUGGCCAAGCCACUGAUGGUGGAAGUAGUACGUAAAAAAGUUUAUCCGGGUCGUAUGAAUGACAUUCGAAUCAGCCAACUAAUGGGAACGACGUUGGAAAAUGACAUGGCCACCUUUUUAAAAAGUAGCGGCAGAGAAUUUUGUGACAUCAACUUGAUAUUGGACGACCGUGUUAUUCCGGCACACAAAUCGAUUUUGGCGGGUCGAUGUUCAUAUUUUCAGGCUAUGUUUAGGUCAUUUAUGCCAGCGGACAACACAGUAAAUAUACAAAUUGGAGACAUUUCACCGUCACAAGAAGCAUUCAACUCCCUACUUCGGUAUAUUUACUACGGAGACAUUCGAAUGCCACCAGAGGACUCGCUGUAUUUAUUUCAGGCGUCUUGCUUCUAUGGAUUAACCAACAAUCGAUUGCAAGCCUACUGCAAACAUAAUUUAGAGCACAAUAUUCAUGUUCAAAAUGUGCUACAAAUUUUGGAAGCAUCCGACAAAAUGAAUGUGCCAGACAUUAAGAAGUUUGCCUUAAGUAUGAUUGUGCGCGAUUUCGCGCAAGUGGCACGACUACCAAAGAUGAGAAACUUAAACAGACAGUUGCUAAUUGAAAUAAUUGAAGCGAUGGGUGAUGUUGUGGCUGAACUAAAUCCGAGCAAUGAUUUGACAUCGUCCGAUAUUUGAAAUUUACUGUUUAGCAAGUAUGCGGUGAACAUACUUUAUGAAUGGCUUUCAAAGAGGCGAAACGAUGACGAAGACAGCGAAUAAUACAAACGAAUUAAGACCAUCAUUUCAAUAGGUCCAUUGAUGUUUAAUUGUGAUUGUAACAGACAUUGUUUAACAUUUCAUCACACAAACGACAUUUGCAUUUUAUUGCUUUAUUAAGAUAUAUCUAUAUUUUAAACACUUUUAUAAUUGUUAUAUGAAUUUAAUCACUUUAUUUUCUUAAUGUUAGAAACAAAUAGUUGUAUUUACUGUUGAAGUAAUAGAUGUAUUAAAAGUAAUGUGCCAUGAGCUCAUGAGAAAGAAAAAAACGAAAUUUCGCUUUAAAUUGGACGUUGAAGUUAAAUUGUCUAAUGCCAAGGCCUAUAUGUGGGUUAGGCUACAGAAAGGCUAUGUUGGAAAUUAUGAACAAAUUAUUCGGAGCCAUGUUCAAAAGAUUGAAUUCUUUUCUAUGUUGAAAUAAUUGAAAAACAAUUUUGUUUCAGAUAAUAAAAACUAGUAUGGUGAUUUAUUCAAAAA